AAAGGCGGAACUGACAGAUACAUCUAGUGUAUCCAUAUUUGAAACGGAAAUGUCAUUGAGGAAAACUCUGCCCCUGUAUGAAUAUAUAGUAUGAAACAUGUUUCACCAAAACAACCAAGCUUUGUUACCGGAAGUAUUAACCGCGUCCUGUUGACGAAAAUGUUAGGUGAAUUACACCACGGGAACCAGUACGAAAAGACAGACAUCGACAGUAAACACGUUCAACGUCUCUCGAAGAUUACUGUUACUCAACGAAAUGAAAUACGGAGUAUAUGUCCAGUCGACGACAGUCACGCGUGGUUAUCAAUAGACCAAUACCAUGGUCUGGUACUGAUCAACAGGGAGGGUGUGGUCAUAGAGACAGUAAAACUGGACUUUUGUCUGUACAGAAUAGCCAUGGUCGGGACAACAGACAUACUUAUGAGCUGUUCUGAUGAUAGUACAUUUGUAUAUAAACUAUCACUACACAACACACAAGUGACAACAUUUGCUGACAUCAAGCCACAUGAACCACAUGACAUCAGUAUCAACGAGAGGGACGAGGUGUUUGUUAGUACAAACACACCAGACAUAGUGGUACUGAAUCAGUCAGGUACGAUUGUGAGGAAGGUGACGUGUGGAAUGAAUGGGCGGUUUAUUACAUGUUUGUCGUCAGGAGACAUUGCAGUGUCGGACUAUACAAAUGUAUCAAUCAUAACAGACAGAUCUGGUACAACCAAAUAUAAAUGGACUGGUGAACUCAACAAUGGUCAUAAUGUCGGUAGUAGGUCACUCCAUAAUAUAUCACGUGACAAGUACAACAGACUGUUAGUGCUAGACUACAAAAACGAUCAGGUGUAUGUCCUACCGAGAGAUAGUACACAGGCCACGUGUCUCCUGGACGAGAAACAUGGAGUGGUCAGUCCUACAGCAGUGGGUGUGGACAAGUGUGGGAACGUGUGGAUCGGGUGUUUGAACGGUACCGUACACGUGAUGAGACUGUAACAGGAGGAAAGAGUACAUGAUGAACACUUGACCUCGUGGUACAAUACUACAUUAUGUAAAUAUCAUCACAAACAAUUCAUCAAUGUCUGAUAAAUACCCUCAAAUAUCGAUUAUUUUUGUAGAGACAUUCGAACAAUUGAUCAAUUGGUGUUAAUGACAUUUGUGGGAAAAAACACAUUUCAAAGUAAUAAGGUUUUUGAACCGACAAUGUCUGAUUAUUGAACUGAUCAUUUUUGCACAACGUAAUUAAUCAUAUGCACACAUGAAGAGAUAGUUAAAGAGAAGGGGAAGAGAGAAAGAAUCAGUCAGAAAAUAGUAUUGUUUGUUAUUUAUUUGAGGGUAGCAAUUAGUUAAAUUCCAUUAUUACCACUGUUACUGAUGUAAAUAUUUGUUUUUUUUACUACGUUAAUACUUCCAUCCAAGAAAUGAGCACCGAUAUUCCUAUAAGCUAUAAAAUAAAAGAUUCCUACGUAGACAGGGAUGUAACUCGAAGCUAUAAAAUAAGAGAUUCUUACGUAGACAGGGAAGUAACUCGAAGCGAUAAAAUAAGAGAUUCCUACGUAGGGAAGUAACUCGAAGCUAUAAAAUAAGAGAUUCCUACACAGGGAAGUAACUCGAAGCUAUAACAUAGGAGAUUCCUUCGUAAACAGGGAAGUAAUUCGAAGCUAUAAAAUCCAUCUGCUUGCUUCAUCUGCACUACAUACAAAAGUAAGUUCGUAUAUCAGAGUUCAUUUUGCCUAAUUUUAUUUUUAUUUUAUUUAUCUUAUUUUCCUUUCCUGUCCUAAAUAAAUAUAAAUUUCUUUUCGAGAAUGUCGUCGUGAUAUUUGUAAAAUCCACUAAAUAUCUCAAAUGUGUAUUGAUGCGCCAUCUACUAUUCUAAGCUGCUUCAAUAUUUGAUGGAAGGGGGGAGGGGGGCAAUGAUGUGGGGCAUCAAAAAUUCUCUUAGUUGAAGUGAAUUUCAAAACAAAUAAUAUUGUCUUUUGUUCCAUUUUAGUGUCAUAGAACGCACGAUUGUUCUACGAUUUGCCUGCGAUUCCAACAUUUUUCAGUCGCAGCUAGAUCGUAUCCUGGUCGCAGGCCCGGUGUGACUGAUUAUCCAUCUAAAGCGAUUAUUUAAUAAGCGAAAUUUUCAUGAACUGAAACAAAUGAGGAAAGAACUCAUGACCAACAUUCCUGUUAGUUUACUGACGGAUUAGACAGACAAGAAACUACACGAAAAACUAGAAAUUAAGUCAUGAGUAUUUAAUUUCCCGCUUUUUUGUCAAUAUUUGUAAUAGAAUUGUUUACGCCUUUGGUAUGUGGACGUCAUAUGUAAACUAUCUAUCGUCUCGGAAAGCAAACCAAUAAUAACUAGCCAACGAAAUUAAAAGCGUGAGCACGAGCUUUCCAGUUUAAAUGUCGAAACAUCAUAAACAUUGUCUUUUGGGAGGCCCCCUCGAUACUCUUGGAGUUUCGCUCACUUACGAUCUCUGCAGCCGUGGAAUAUGUCAUAGUGGAAUUUAAAGCACGAAGGUAGCUGUUGGAUUUGUCUCAAUUUUCCCGUUACGUUGCCGCAUGACUAUUUUGAUGUAUAUCAAAGGCUCAGACUAAUAUAUUUAAAAAAAAAAAAAAAAAAAAAAAAAAAAACAUUUUUUGACUUAAAUGGUGUUCUAUCCUUUCUACAUAUAAAUGAAGAAUAGGAGAAGAGAUUUUGAGGUUACUUUAACUUGUGUCCAGCCUUUGUUGUAUAAUUUGUAACAGUUAAAUUUGUUAAAAUCAAGUCGAUGCUUUCCAAGCGAAAUGAAUCUUAUUAUUGAUGUAUUCAUAAAAAUAGUUCUUGUGUAAUUAAGACUCCCAUGAAAAAAAUAACGAAUCUGUGUAUAUAAUUACAAGGCGAAGGCCAUGUUCAUGUAGAUAUCUUUAAUACCAUCAAACAAAGCCGUACUAAAUAACAAAUAAAUGAGAUCUUUCACAAAACAGACAUUACAGACAAGCGGACUGACUUGAUGGACAUAAUGGAAGAAAAUGACAUUGCAUUUUAGUUAGUGUUGUCGAUGCUUAGCUGAUAAAACGGUUACUUUGUCGGUAGACCACGAACUUGGUAACAUUUUCAAUAGCAGAAUGUUCGGGCAUUUAUUUACCCCUUUAGGGAGCCUCAUGUUUCUCCGGCUUACGCCAACAAAAUAUCUUUAGCUGCUACCAAAAUUGGAUAGUUUUGUAAUAAAAAAAGGUGU